AUGGCAAAUUGGAAGGAGAAAGGAGUGGUACCGGAUUCGGAAGAUGAAGAGGAAUCUGAUUCCCAAAGUACUGCUGAUUACGAGAAACGAGAUAAUGCCGGGAACGAUGAAUUUCACGAUAUUGACGAUGUCUUGGAGGGAAGAAUUGAUGGUGAAGGCGAGGAAGAAAUAUUGGCUUCAUCCGUAGAUAUGAUUCAACCAUUCGAUAUGGUAAAUGAGGAAUCCUGUUGCAAUCCACAAGAAGAAAUCACGAAAGACUUGUCAGCCAAUGCGAAGCAGAACCAAAGGCAACCUUUUGAAGACGGAGUGCUUACGUCUUCGGAGGUACUAACCGCAGAAGCAGAAUUUGAUGAGAUUUCUAGAAGCUGGGUUAGGACUCUAUCUCCGGCAUCCAGUACUCUAUCAUCACCUCCAGCAACCCCAAAUCGUUUGUCUCCAGUGGCACAGCCUCUCUCCUCGCCAGUGCAACGACCCAUACUUUUGCACGAUUCAGAGAGAAUACGCGAAGACAGACCGGAACAAACGCAACCAGGUUUUGACCCUUUAGACUACUUGCCCAGAAGACAAUUUAGAGAAAGAAAGCCUGUGCAGAUACACCCGUUUCUAUUAGAGCAACAGCGGUACGAGCGCCGGAUGAAAGCCUUUCAUAUCCAGCCAAUUCGAAUCGAACAAAGCCAAGAUAGGCACAAUCGCAGGAACCGACUCAUACAUGACCAGGAAUUAGAGGAUAUGGAUUUUCAAGAUCCAGAAGAGGUAGAAGUGGGUGUCGCAGAAGAAAGCCAACCCCUAGGUAUGGAUAGAGAUUCUCCACCACCGUCCAUAUUGACAGAUAGCAUACGCGAAACCAUCAGCGGGCCACAGUAUUCUACAAUAAGGGAAGAGGAAGUUGACAGUGACCAAGAAUUCCCGGAUCUCCCUGAUUUGUUUAAACAGAAGUCAAACCUUGUGCAUUCGAAAAACAAGAAAGUAUCAAAGAAGUACUCAACCAAAACAUGGCCCAAAUUGCCAUCCCCAACUCGACAUGAGUAUAAAGAACCAGCCUUGAACAUAUAUGAGUUUCCUGGCUCAUCCCCAACUAGUUCCCCUCCGAUUCGUUCAGCAAACACACGGAGACCUAUGUCUCGCGUUGUCUCUCUUGCUUCUUCGGCUGCUUCAACUCCUGUCUGGCUAGACCAGAGCUCUCCACAGUUUCGGCGGACGAUGGAAGUGCACACGCCAAUUACGAGUGUUAUCAAGGCAUCUUCUUAUACAUCACCUAUAGAAAUUAUGUCUGACGUAGACGAUCCGUUUGCCGAUCCAAUCGUAAUCCCUUCUUCACCAUCCGCUUCUUCUUCGUCGUCAUCGGAAGAGGAGGACACAAUGAUAAUCUUGAAGAAAAGAAUGAAUCACGUACUACCAGCGUCCCAUUUAAGGCUUGAUCAGAAGAAAAAGGAGAUACGAGAACAAAAACUCCAAGCUAGAAAAAACCAAAAGCCGAGCGAGAAUCGUGCUGGCGUUGCUCUUCCUGUAGUGCGAGGGUCCAACCAAACUCCUUCCACACAGCCUACGAGCCGACUUCCAUUCUUAGAAUCCGACGAAAGCGAUGGGCUUGGGGAAAAUGACCCCACUGAUUUUUUUAUGGAAGACGACGAACGAGCCGAAGCUCCUAGCCUGUUUCAAGAAUCAAAUUUGGGAUUUGCUACCGAACAUGAUCGUGUUGAUGGCAUGCUGCCAACUCCAAGUCGUAAACGCAGAGUUAAGAACCAAUUGAGCCAACCCAAUGUCAAGCGCUUAAUGAAAUCUUAUUCUAGUGGGAGACAAAAACAACCUUCAUAUCAACCGAGGAUAACUUCACACCUUACGGCUACAGCUACAGGUGUCCGCAAGGCUAGUAAACCCAAACGAAGACGGCACAAGAAAUUUCCACCCAAACUCAGCAUAAUAGACAUUGCUGGAAAUUCUGGUCAUUUUGAGCCGAAUGCCCCAGCAUUCCUUAAGGUUGCUGCUCGUAGCGCAAGAUCACGAAAGGAACUUGGACGUCAAAGUCCAACGCGGAAGUAUAUCAGGCUUGCCACUCGCGAAGAUACCGCUGAUGCCCAAUCCGUUCUGCAAGAUUGGAGGAGUCGCAAAAUACAGCCCAGGAAUAUUCCAUGUAUGCCCAGACCUGAAAAUGUUAACCAUGCGUAUCCGCUCGCCCAGCUGUCAUACAAUCAACAAGCGAAGCUUCCACCACCAACGAAACUCAAUAUGAACCUUAACGGUUCUCAAGUGAAUGCCGACUACACUAAUAUGAGGAAGGUUCGCGUGUCCAGGGUAACGCAGCUUUCAAUGAAUGAUUUUGUGGCGAACAGAGAUGCCGAGUUAGAAGAGCUCCCCUCCAAGAAUAUCGCAGCAUUCAACCCCAAAGUCAAGCAAAGAGCACGGCCGAAUCCUUAUUAUACAGCUCCAUCUGCACGUUCAGCGCAGUUAGAGGCCAUUCAAUUCCCUAUCAAUACCUUAGAACCGAGGAAGAAAACCCUUGAUGCCCUUUUCCGCAUGGGUCGCCGACAGCCCCUACAACGGGGCAACCUUCAACUAAGCCGUUUCUUGGCCGAUGAUGAUAUGAUACAUCCCUCAAUAGAGGCCGAUGUUUCCAACGAAGACCAUGGUUCAAUGCCGAUUGCUCCUGCACAGGUUGCUAUGCAGCCUCGAUGUCGGAAGCGAUUACCCAAGCGUGUAGAUGCAGGUGCAGCUAUCUACCGCCAGUCGAGUGAGCCGCUUAUCUCAGAUUUCUUAUUGCCUUCGUUAGGUGAUAUAGGUACAGAUGAAGGGAAACUUUUUGGCCUUGGAAAAUUCGGUACAAGGUACCCUCAUCACUUUGAUGUUUUCCCACUACAGUCGGGAAUAUAUUUCCAUGAGACGACCUUCCUUGGUAGCGGGCGCCUCGCAGAUAUUUUGAGCAGUACAGACCUCGUGACAUUUGACCGGUCUCCGACUUCACUGAGGCUAGGAGAUAAAGUCUUUGUAUGGGGAGAAUGGAAUGAGGUUGUUUCGGAACAGAUGGGGGUUUGCGUUGACUGGCUAACCGAGCAAUUGACCAACACAUCUGAGGUACCGGAUACGUCUGACUUGACCUUAAUGGCCACUCUCAUCUUGGAUUAUGUACAGCAUAGCAUCAUUUUCCAACGUUUGGAAUUGAAGGCCGAUUUUUUGCUCCGAAUGUUAGAGAUACUAGAAGACUUCUCAUCUCGUCUCGAUAUGUUUCAAGGCUCUGUAUCCAGUGUUGACAACAGGCAGACCAUCGAAGUUACGACUAGGCUUUUAGUACUCUCGCUUCGGUUACUUCGGAUGUCUCGGUCUAGUGCACAUGCAUCGACAUUCCAUUUCGAAGAAGUAUUGCAAAAAAUGGCAAGCUGUUGCAUCAGUCUCUUGGUACCGCAAAGCUUAGAGACUGUGAGGAAGAUGUACGAUGAUUUGCAAUAUUUGUCAGUACGAGAGAAUGGCAUAAGAAAUGAUCGUCAUAUUGCCGAAUCUUGGAUCAUCAUCAUUCAUGUGCUAAGGGCCGCCAAAAUCCCGCGAGCUUCGUUCUGGGAUAUCGCAAACAUACGAUUAGGUAUCAGAAGCAUAAGCUCAUUACAUGAUGCCAAUACUAUGGAAAAGCUAUGGCUCUUUAUGUUCUCUCUUCUGCCACUAUUCGAAUUUGAUGAACAUGGUUGCACUUCAUCAGGUUCACGGCCGGAAGUUGGGGUUGAUAACUGGUCACUUACACAACAAUUGAUCAAAAGAGUGUUUGCGCUAUAUGCGACAAAUGUUAGGCAAUCACCAAGCUUCAACGAUUACUGUAGAGCAAUUGUAAGUCGAUGUCAUUAUCUAAUGUCAAAGUGGGGCUGGUGGAAGUGUAGCGGAAUAGUUGGGACUCUGUUUGACUGCUUUGCCUUACAAAAGCUUGCAAAUUUGCGAAAUGAAGAGGUUUACAAGUCGCCUCAAUUUCUAGAAGAUUUGGCUACAGAGAAUUCAUUGGAUGUUGAGCCAGAGGAUCGUUGCUUUCAUAUUUUUCUAAAGAUUGUGGCUAUUGCUAUUAGGCAUCAGCGUGCAGCAGGCGAAGUCAAAGGUAUUCGAAAUUUAGUCGCACGAAUUUUGCCCAAUCAUGAUCGACAAUUUCCAAAGGAGGAGGCAAUCUUUCAUCGUGAUCUUGCCUCCUUGCGCAAUCAUCACGACCUUUUAUGUACAGUGUACUGGGCUGCUCCGCCAGGUUACGGACCAUCUGUCACUUUACUGCGGAAGCUUGUUCUGGCCGCGCGCUCACAUAACGAAGCCUUUCUGAUCAACUUGAGGGCUUGGGAACGGCUUGCCCGGUUUACUUUGUCUAGCAUCCCUUCCAGUUUUCCUGUCGAUUCAUAUAAACCAUUCAUUACUUGGCAGGAUUCUUUUUUCGAUAGCCUGCUCGAAGAAUAUGUGGAGCUAACUCAAGUACGGCGGCAACUACAAAUUCAAUCUGACGGAGCUUUCCAAAUAGACGUUGACUGUAAUCGAAAAAGCACUAUGUCCUGUAUCCAAGCUGUGGCGAGAUCUGCGAUAGAAACAUUGAAAUUUUCCAAUCCAAUAGCUUUGAAGCAAGCCAUAAACCUCGACAUGAUUGUCAAGAUGUUUUCCACUGGCUCUUCCAAAGACAAGAUUGACCAAGAGUUAACAUCGUCUGGAAUUGAGAUUCUUGCUUGCUAUUUGCGUCAACUUCAUAUCGCAGAGCCGGAUAGUAAAGCCGAAGCAAGCCCAGAUGAGGACGAAGAAUUUGACAGCCAGGGGCUGGAAUCCGAUCCUGACUGGGCAAAAGAAAUGCAGUUUAAGGAUGAUUAUAUUAACCCACUCGAUCAGCGAUUGACUAAGUGCUGGGCUCAACUCAUCUCCAUUUUCAUGAAGUUCGGCCUUUAUUCUCCAAAAGUCUUUCUCUCUGCAGGCGUCAACGCUGUUUUUGAGGGUCGGGAGCAAUCGCAUUUCACACUCGUAGCUUGGCCACUGUUCCUCAGUGAACUACUUGAGCAUACGAAGUUAUUGCAUUCUGGUGAUGUUCCUGGUUUCGACGUUGGAUCAGAAUGGAUGGUAGCCAUUUCCAAGCCUCAGCAAGAACUUCAUUGGGAAAACUUCUUGACUUAUCAAUUAUUCAAGCAAGGGCAUUUUCUUGUUUCUCCCGGAAUUGUACAAGGUGUGUAUCUAGAAUUGAUUCAUGAGAAGACGCCAUCGGCGGCAAAGAAUCAACAACUCAUUAAAGAUGCCAUCAGUAAGAUGCAGAAGACAUUCUCCGACAAAGCACUACUGGCCUCCACAUUUGGCAAUGUGACCAGAGAGACGAUCAAGACCAAAUUCUCGAGCUUGUUGAACUCUACUAUGAUUUCAAUGCAAUACCACCUGCAAAAACUCCACAAUACUAACGCUAUUGCCCAUAAAGCUUAUGUGACUUUUGUACAAGAAAUUGUUUCGCAGAUCCGCUCCCAUUGUAGCGAUAUUUGUCACCCGCCAGAGUUCUUUUUCCGCCGCUCCCUUGCAUACUGGCCCCCAGAGACGGACCCUACUCUUUAUCUGGCGGGCUUGACAUCAUAUACUCUCCAACUCUCUUCGCAACAGGAAAAGACACGAAACGGAUUGAUGUAUUAUCUUUGGAACGGUUUCAGAAAUUCUUUGUCGGCUACCGACGCUCUUUGUAAUUACAUCAAACGAAUUUCGAAGAGUGCGCAGCAGAACGAUAUGCUGGACUUCCUCUUGACUGACAUUGUACCUUCGGCAUUAGAAGUCGCGUUCGAAAAUGAAGCUGGCUGGCUCGCAUGCGAAGUAUACCUCGUAGCAGUCUCUAAAGCGUUCGAAAAACUCGAAAUGAGUGAGCACUCGGUCGGGCCGGUCAUGGGUCAUAUGCAAGUUCUAUUACAACGAAUGUUCAACGGCCUCUGUCGUCACUAUGGUAGAUUCGGCCAUAGUCUCGAAGCUGUACACCCCAGCCACCAAGGUAUCAUUACUGUCAUAUUUCGAUUCUGGCGUGCUUGCAGGCCACACCUGUAUAAUCUAAACACUGACAGCGGCAUGGAUGAGAUAUUCGAGAGCUUCGAUAGUUUUGUCGAGACAGCAAUAGCCUGCUUCAAAAGCGGUCAAGAUAUUGACCUUCGAUUGAGACACUUUGAUACUGGAAAGGUGGGCAACGAUGUUGCCAUAGAAGAGAUGGCGCGCGAAGUGCAGAAUAAUUGGAGGGUUAAUUUUGCACAUGGGGGAGUGGAUGUGAGGUUGAACGAUGGAACAAUCGUUAAUCAUUGCUUUGCCAAUGGUCCUCGGGAUCUUCGUGAUGUGCUUGAUGGUCUGCUUCCAGAACUGGAUACUAAAAGGGUCGGUGCUUCGUUGGAUUGCUACUUUUGA